UCUUCGUUCGCGAGUAAAACCGAAGUGCAUUGUGGGUAAACGAGCCAUGUUUUUGCGGUUGAAUGUAAUGUAGUACACGAAAGAGUAGCAAACAAGAUUUUGAUUAAUCCAUUUGUUUUCCCGUGUGAAGACAGUUUGGUGGAAUCGGUGGCAAGCGUCAAACAAGUCGUCCGGACACCAACGAGAGGAAUUUUCUUCGCCAUGUUCGGCCCGCUACGUGCUGUGCUCGGCGGUCGCGCUUUUGCUUUUGAUCCGCAGAUUUUGACCUCGUAGUAGUAUCAGUUUAGGCCCAGGUGUUGUGUGUUAAUUUGACACCGAUUAAUUUCACCUUCAUGUGAAGUGCGCGACCCGCUGCUCGUCCGGACGCCUGGGUUCAACUCCGACGUGAAUCCGAUGAGACCAGAAGCCCAUCGAUGUCCGAGGCACUGCAGUGUUGGCCGGGGUUGAUGCCCCUGCAGGGCACGGGUGCUCGUGGGGGCUAAAGGGGCCCCGAGCAAGCAGCAUGGCCCAGUGGCCCCCCCGAUGGCGGCAGACGGCCCCCCCCAGUUGAGAGCGGCAUCCCUGCCCCCUUGCCCCCUCGAGGAGGGAACCCCCGGCGCCACGGAGGAGGACGCUGCCGUCUGGCCACAGCAGCAGCACCGCAGCAGUCAUGCAGCAGCAGCAGCAGCAGCAGCAGCUGGCCACACCAACAUCACCACCACUGGUUCAACACAUGAACCGGCACCUGAGCUGCUGCAGUGCUCCAAGGAUGAAACGGGCGCGAGCUUUUGCAGCAGUGCUGCCACAGUGGAAGCAGGCACACAGGGCAGUGGGAAACCUGGUUGUAUGCCCACUGCUGUACAUGUGCCCCCCGGCUGGCGGCGGUGUCUCGUCGAAGGCAAGAUUGUUUACUACAGCCCAAGCAACCACCAGCUGCGGAGCCUGGACGAGGUGGCCAGGUACCUGCAGACCGAUGGUGUCUGCAAAUGUGGCCUGGACUGCCCUCUCAGCCUUGAGAAGACAUUUAGCUUUGAUGCGGCAGCCGUCUCCCAGCCCUGGUCACCCACUGCCAGCAGUAGCAGCAGCAGCAGGUGCAGGGUGCCUCCCCAUGGCGGAGCUGCAUCCGCGGUUGCUGCCCUCACCACCACAACCACAGCCACCACCACCAGCACCACCACAAGUAGCAGCGCUGCCUGCCCAAGUUUGCCCAGCUCCAGGCCCCCCUUGCCAACGACAGCAGCCACGGUGGCAUCUCCGCUGGCCAGGCCUGCGAGAAAAGAACCCGUCCGCAAGCGGAGCUCUCGUGCAAAACAGCGUGGCCCUUUUGACGGUAUCCUGGUGUCUCAGUUGUUGGCACAGCGUGACCAGAAUGCUCUACGAAAGCAGGCUGUCAGCAGUUCCACCCCUGCAAACACCAACACCCCAGUGCAUUACACUAACUCCAUUGCCGGUGCUGUGCCCUGGCAGGCUACUGGAUACUACCAGCCCCCUCAGGACACUGUGACCAUCCAGUGCAGCAAUACAAAUGUACAGGGAAAUAGCAGCUUCCCUCCGGUGUCUGGUGGGAUGAGGAGAAUAGUGGCCCAGGCCAUCUGUUCACCUGCUCCUUCGCAACUGCAAACAAGUACCGGUACAAAUUACCAGUGUGCAAACUUCUCCUGCUGCCCGACCAAGCCCACUGCUACUCCUUCCCCUUCGGGUCGUUCAAGGGGGCAGAAGAAACUACCCCGUACGAGAAUGCCGAAGCUGAGUGCCAUCAUAUCGAGCCGGGCAGUGUGUCCGAACGUGGACGUUGGCCAGAUGGUGGCAGCUGCUGGCCAUUCUACAACCAACACUUGUCACGGGGUUCGUCAACACAACUGCUCUACCCACGAUGCUUCUUCCCCUGCUUCCACGCCAAAUGCAAUGGCAGGGCCUGCGAUUGGCCAGUGUAACACUGUGCAUGUAGAUAGUACUGGCCAGCUCACCACCUGUAGGACUGCAUCGAAAGAAAUUCCUAUGCAGGUGCCACAGGUGGGAGGGCUGUCGGUCCUGAAUGGAGCCCUGUCCAUUCCUUCACAGUGCAGCACUGCCAUGACAAGUGCACCUUUCGUCUUCACAAGCGCGCCCAGUAGCGGCGUCAUGAAUCAGGGAAGGAGCACCAUCAUGGUGCAGCAGGUCUACAGCCAGAAAGUGGCCAGCUACUCUCCAAACGAGGCUGCUAAGGGCAGCCAAGUGCUUCAACACGUGAGCAGUGUAGUUCUUCCGCCCGGUGCCGGUGGCCUCUCUGCACAACCUCUGAUCAUGGAACCGUCGCCAACGAUAGUCUCCAGCGGGCCUUUCAUCUCCCAGCUCGGCCAAGGGAUCCUGGGCCAGACACAUCCUACUCCCGGUCACUUUUCACCCCAGCAGCAGAGGUUUCCAGAAGUGCCUCGCAGUUGCACGGAAUGCCCGGUGACCUCCGCAACCCUGUGCACAUCUUCACUGUCUGCUCCCCAGGUUCUGCUGAGCAGCAACCCUAGCUCUAGCAUCGUGCUCCCACCCUCAAACCCUCCCCUGUCUGUUCCCAGUGUAUCAACGGUGACAACAUCCGUGGCGCAGAUGAUGCCCACAGUGGUGCAGCUGAUCAACCCGCUACCCCUGAACCCGGUGCAGAACGCACUGCUCAUCCCGCAGCUUCCAACUCUGCGGCUUGACACCUUACCCACGUUCGGAGCUCCUGCCGGGCUCUUCAGUCCUGGUAGCACGUUCCUCUCGCCUUCGCCAAUCCCAGUUCUUGGCUCACCGGUGGGUUCGGACACAUCCCCCAGUUCGUCCCUGCUGGGUCAUGCCACCCUGCAGCCGUCCACCUACGUCGAUUCGGCGGGACAGGUGCGGUCACGCGACACGACGAUGGCUGCGCCUCGGACGUUAAUGACAGCCAGUUUCGCACCUGGCACUGUACACACCCUGUCAGCCACCCCGCAGCCGCCGCAACAACAAUCCUUCUACACAACGGAUGCGGUCGGUGGCAUGAUGCAGACCGGUGCAGUUCAUCACAGUGGGGCUGCUGCUCUGUCUGGUGCUCCGUGCAUGUCCUGUGGACCGGCUCCAGUGACUGAGUCUGUGUGCGACAGUGCCUCCUGUCGUCUGGGCCUGGCCAAUGGGGAUAAUGGUACUUCCAAGGCCAAGUGUGGAGUGGCAGAAGUGGGCCGAGGGCCAGUGAACAUGCUGAGCCUGACGGUUUCGAGUCUACAACAAGCAGGUCUGCCUACAGUGACAGUGUUCCCGGCUGGGCAAGCUCCCAUGGUCCAGUCGGGGCCCCUGCUCAACUAUGGAACCCUGCCCUCUGUGAACCCCCCACAGCUGGUCAUGGGCAUGAUGCCAUCCCUGGGUCUGCUGGGUAUGCCUAUGCACAAUGUUGUCACUGCACAGCCGCAAUCCAUCACUGUGCUGCAGGAACCAUGCCCAACCAUACAACAACCACAGCAGCAGCUUCACUCACAGCCUCAACUACAAACACAGCCUCAACUGCAGCCACAACAUCAGCUGCAACCUCAGCUACAGCUUCAGACUCAGCCACAGCCACAGCCUCAACUCCAGCCUCAGCGCCUUUUGCAGCCACGGCCACAGACACAGCCUAAGCUGCAACCACAGUCGCAUCCACAAGUUGAUUCGCAGUUAACACCACAGCCAUCUCCACCGCUACCGUCGCCACAACAGAUGGUGUCUGACCAGCACAAGCUCGUUACACCUGUGGCACCUAUAGAACCUUUGCUAGAAUCAGUGGUUAUGCAGCAUGGUGGCACAACAAAUCCUGACGACAGCUCAGGGUUAGAGCUUUGUGCUCCAGCAAUGUGUUUCGAGACUGAAAGAGAGCUGUCGGUCGAGGAGUGCAAGACGGGGUUCCUCAGUGACGAAGUGGCAUUUACAGCAGCAACGACAGCAGCAGAGUCCAACCAAUCGACCAGCGAAGAAGAGGCUGAUGAGCAGUUGCCAAGGCCUGGCACUGUGGGCUUUCCAGCGCACAUGAACGCUGUUCCAGCAUAUGAAAGUGAAGAUGUUCCGGUGUCUUCAGAAAAUGACUUUACACACGUGCACAGCGUUGGGGUGCAGAGCAUCUCCGUGGAAGCGGGCGAAGGCAGCCCGUCAGUGUCGUCCACCGUUCCCAUCCACACGGGAUCGACCCAUGAAGUGAGUCGGGCACACUUUGAGUGGACAGCUUAUGGAACUGAACAGGAAGGCCACAUAUCGUCCAGCACAGGGACUGGCGACGACCCUGGCUGUGUUGCUUCUGUGGACUCGAGCCAUACGCAGCUGAGGCAGCAUGAGUGUGCCAGUGAGGAGACCCUGGUGGAAGAAGGACAGCCUUCCCUGGGAGGGACGAGCAGUAGUGGGGAUUCAGGUGUAGAUUCAAGUCAUGAGUUGCAACGGACAAACGUGACCUGUGUGGAGUCGUUAGAGGGUGAUGAUAUCAGUAGUGUUAUGAAGCAAAAGGCCAAGAAGGACCCCAAGCGUAGAAGGCGGGAACUGCUUUUCCUUACCCAGGAUGAGUUUAGAGAUGACUCGGCUGCAGAAGAUGAGCCAGAAUCUCCUCCACUGCCUCCACAACCACGCACAUUUGACAUCGGGGACCUGGUGUGGGGUCAGAGCAAGGGCUUUCCCUCAUGGCCGGGCAAGCUGGUGCGACCAGACCAAGUGCGUGGCCACCACAUCAUCUCUGAGGAUGGCAAGCUCUGGGUGCAGUGGUUUGGUGACCACACCUUCACCCAAGUGGAGCCGGACAAGCUGAAGACCUUGUCUGAGGGGCUUGAGGCCCACCACAGAGCUCGCAAGAAGCACCGAAGGGGUCGCAAGCUGAAUGGCAACCUGGAAAAUGCCAUUCAGGAGGCCAUGAUGGAGCUGGACCGACAGACUGGCACCGUUCUUCCUUGACCAUCGCUCCGCCACUUUUUAUUGCUACUGUCAUCACCUUUUAUCUACUCAAAAUGAGCUAGAAUGCCCAAGCACAAGCUAGGGCAUGUUCAGGGUUAUACAGUGGCACCAAUUAACAUGGUUCCUGACGACUUGUACAUGUUCUUUCCUUGCUUGAAUGAGACUUAAGAGCCACAUUUGUACUUCUCCGUUGACAUGCCUGGUGCUCACAACGCACCUAAAGAUGUCAAAAGGACGUUUGUGGUUGAAUGAAUGCCUAUCCUCUCUGGCUGUAAAUGCUAGCUAUGCAACAGCAAACAGUCUUGUAACUUCUUCGUGCUGCCUGCAACUUGAAUAACCUCAAGAUGUAGCCACAAUGGAAUGGGGGCAUAACUUCGCAGUGCAUUCUGAAAACUGCACCAACAGAACAGAGGUGUAGCAGUAUUAGUAUAAAGAUUAGAGAUGUAAAACUCGAUAAGAUAUUCAAAUCAAGAAAGGGAACGAUUAGGACAGCGAGAAAAAUGGACUUGAGAAGUGAUCAAAAGAAAGUUGAAACUCGUGCUGUUCUCGCUGUAGCAUUUGCAUGCGACGUGCUGAUUGGUGCCACUGUUUAAUCGGGAGGCAUGUUCUCUGGCCUCGGCUUGCAGCAUUUUGGAGCUCAUGUCGAGUGUGAUGGUUCACGCACAUACCAGUGCAGCUUCAUUUCCUGCACAUGUCAUCGCUUCUUGUUUUAGAUGCUUAGCUCCGAGCCAUUCAUUGUUUUUCUCCAACCAGUUUAACCCUUGGCAACUGUAUUUGUUGUUUGCCUCGAGGAGUAUUCGUUAAUGUCUUGGGAGAGGAAUUGCAAUUCUUUGAGGCUGAUUGAUUUAUUUUCAACCCUUUGUUGUUUCUCCAUGUGCAGAGUUGCGCAGCAUUAAUGAAGCGCGGGUAGGUGCUCACUGUUUGUGACAUUAAGUUAUGGCAAAAUGAAUUGAGAUGCUGUCAGUCACGUUAAUUUUAUCGUGCGACAUCCGUGAUAAAUUUGAUUUUUGGACGUCAUGGUGAUUUGGAAAUUAUUAUAAUGAGAGGGAGAGAAAACAAUAUCUUGGAAGUAAGAGUCGUUUUUUUUUUUCCAGGUCAACAGUGUGGAAAAGUGGCUUACAUAAAUUUGCUCGAUUCUGUGCAUUGUCCAAAUACUAAUAGGAAACUUAGAUUUCCUUUGUAGUCAGUGACUGAAAUUGCAUUUUGGUGCCUUAAUGACGCAGAGCAAGGACAAACUGAAAGCACAUGGAUGCUUCAUUUCUAUUGUAGCUUCUUUCUCUAAACGAAUGGAUGGAAAAUCUUUCGCUUUUAUGUAGGUGCAAGAACAAGCACAAUGUCUUUUUGAUGUUGAAGUAUUGUACCGUGACGUCCUGGUGAUGGCUUAUGAGCGCAUAUACCAGACCAUCACACAUUGUUUCAGUACCCUUACUAAGCAUAGAAGUAUGUCUUGAUUUUUCCGAGUGUCCCUGCAAGGAACACAGCAGUGUUUUUCUAUUUAUUUUUAUUAAGUAAGGCUGUGGAGUAGUAGUGAGAUUAGGCAUUGUGACAUGCCAGCCCUGCUUAGUAAUGUCUUAAUUUAUUCGAUUUAUCGCCAUUCUUUUUCUUUUUUAUCGUUUUUCUUUUUCAUUUUAGUCAUUGUUGCAAGCUGCUUCGUUUCAGCUGUAUAUUUGAAUUUUGUUGUAGAAAGAAAAACUCCAGGCUCUCCUCCCCCAAGACAUUAUUGAAGACUUGGCACCCCCCACUCUCCAUCCCAUUCCCUGUUGCUUUCAACGUGUAGACUGUAAAGAAGAGUUUGAGCUUGCUACACAUGUGUACAGUAGAGAUUUGCAGAGAAGUUGAUGAAUAUAGCGGAGGAGUACGAGAAAAAAAAACUAUGAAGAGUGGAGAUCUUUUUAUACAGAUGCUAUAUAAAUAUAAAUAUAUAUAUGUAUACAUAUAAAUAUAUAAAUAUUAUAAAUAUUAUAUAUAUAUUAUAUAUGACAGCGUUGCUGUUGACGUUUGCUGUUCGUCGUUUGUUCGGUCAUUUUUUUCUUUGCGUUUGUUUUUUUCUUUGCAGGAUACCCGAUUCCCCUGUUUCCAUUACCUCCUCCCCCGCGUAACCUCCUGCCUGUUGAGGACAGUUGGUCCUAAAAAGUUGUUUUUUACAUUUCACAUUUUUUCCUGCUGUGAGAUUGAAUGGUGCGUCGAAGGUGGUCGGACUGACGCUGAGUUAUGAAUUUUGCCUGUUUUUUGGGUUCGGAUUUCUUUUGCGUAGAAGUACUAAUCUGUAGGCGUUUGAUUAGCCCACCCCUGUUUGGUUGUUGCUGAGGCAGGCUGAAGCGAGUGACAGAGGAAGGCAGCCAGAAGUUGUACUACAGCUUGACCCAGAGCCAAUAUACGGCUCUGGCUUGACCAUUAUGCAGAUUAUUGAGAUGCAAUUUUUGCAGCAUUUUUAAAUUGCUCUCUGCAUUUGUCCUGGAUCGUAGCAAAUAUCCUCAAUAAUGACACCACUGGCCAUAAAGGUCCUUUCAUUUACUGCUUCAAAGAAAUGUAGCUGUUGAGAAUUAAUGAGCAGUUAUUUCGGGCUCAGUGUUUCCUAAUAACAGCCAUAAGCAAUGUGGGAGAAAACCUUAAAAUUGUGCACAGUCAGUAAUCGCUCAUAAUAUAGGCAUUCGAACCUGAUGUUUCCGAAUAGCUUUUGCAUUUGAACAUUUUGCAUGAUAGAGCACUUGUAUGCUUGGCAUAGAUGUUAAAUUCCUGUGACCUGUGAGACAAAAAUUCAGCUGUUUCUUACCAGAUAUAUUAUUCAUUAUGUCCAAUAUCUGAAGUAAAAGGAUUGCAGUAUGUUGGAAGAAGCUAGAUUGUCUGAGUGAAGCAUUUUUUGCCGAGGAUACACACCAUCAACAUUCGUUACUCGGUGUUCAGCAGAUGAAAUGCAGAUCCAAUUUAACGUUUCUGCAUCCCUAGUGUGUGAAAUUCUCCUCUUUAAUAUUAGUUGAAACCUUUGCCAUCAUAUUCGGAGAGUUUUUGAGAUUUCAUUUUUAGGCUUUUUUUGUCAUUGCAUUGCAAGUGUUCACUUAAUUAUGCCUGGCUCCGAGGCAAUAAUGCUGAAAAGCUUAUCAUUUUUCCAUGUUGUGGUACUUAAAGAAAGAAGGAAUUGUCUUUUCUUCUUUAAGUUUAUUUUAAAAUGAGAAUCGUUUGUGAAUGAUUUGUGUCAGAAGUAGUCUUCUUAGUAUAUACCAGUGGUACAAUUAAGUUUUGACAGAAUGCUGCUGUGGCAAUAUAAUCCACAUAGUAUGCUGCACAGGGAUUAGGCCUAGCACAACACCACUGCAAGCAAAAGCUUAAGUCUCGCUGCUUCUUGCAGAUGUGUCGAAGGCUAAAGUCACUUUACGGUCAGUAUUUGCUACGUUACUUGGAUGCACGUCGCGGAGCACAUGUUUUGCUGACAUUACAUGUUGGUACACAUGAGUGGCAGCCCCACUGAACAUGUUAAAUUUCCAACACAUUUUCAUCAUUGUGUUGCCCAGUAUUGGUGCUUCCAUUUUACAUUAUAUGGUGAACAUGCUGUAAUUUCUUCUGAAAUGUGUUGAAUGCUGUUACCGGUGAAAGAUAUGCUCCAUAGUACAUGUUACAGUUUGAAAAUAGCACUGUUUUCACAGCAUAAAAUGGACAUACUCAUACUCGGACUGCAACACAGAAAAAGCGCUGGAAAGGCUUUCUUUGGGGUUGCCGCUUAAUAAGAACUUGAAUCUCAUUCUCACAAAGCUUCUGUAUCACUUAAGCUUUGUUGAAAAUUACUUUGUGGUGCUUUGAAUAUAUCAGUGAUACUACAUUUUCACGUCAUAUCUUCUUUACCUUCUUUUGUCAUUAAAGUCACCAUUAUUAAUCAGAGCAGCAAAUAUCAUAUGUAGUGGUGUGCCUGAAAUGCCUUGAGUCCUAAGAUUUUGGCAUUGAUUCAUGGUGGCACAGAGCAAAAACUGUACCAUUUCUUGUAGGGCGAAGAUAAUAUCAGUUAACAGCAGACUGCACUACCCGAUCACCUCCACAUGGGGUCAUGCUAGGUCAUAUUAUUCCUCACCUUGAAAUAAUUAUACAACUGGGAUGUUAUCAGCAGGCUCUUCAGUUGAACCAGCUAAUUCCACAACCUUAGGAAAGAAUUGUGAAAAUGAUCCUUAAAAUGUGCUAAUAUCUCAGUGCCUCUUCUCUGAGCUGAGAUCAUACAAGUUUUCAGAAAGUUCGAGUGCAGCUGGUAGGUGAUAUGCUGAUGAUAUUUUUUUUCAGAGGUGCAUGUCUGCAGUAUUUUUUAAACAGGUUCUAUCGAGUGAUGAUCAUAGGCGCUGCGAGAGUCAGAAAUGCGAAAAGUUGCUGUCAUCUUGCGUUAUUUUUUUGUCAUAAUUUUCUUUCCCCAUGUCUGCUUUACCAGUGCUGUCCCGAGUGCCAUGAUUUGUCUAUUGUAAUCAAGUCCCGACAGUGCUGUGUUUUUAGUCAAUCUGUUCUUCACCAAAGCAGGUGGCCACCUUCUGUGCUGCUUUCUUCACUGGCUUUUAAAAACUCGACGUCAGAACUGAUGCAGAACCUGUGAGAUAGCAUGCAUGCUGAUGGAAGAUGCUGCACAAGUAGUCGUGUAUUUUACUUUUCUGUGUCUUUCUUUUAACCGAGGGAUGGGUUGGCUGGAAGAUGGUUGUUGAGCCUUCUGGCAUGUCGUUUUGUGUUCGUAGCCGUUUGUAACUGCUGUUUUUUCAUAUGUGGAUCCCACACAAGGACUGCGACUGAACUGCACAAUAGGGCUUCCCAGCUCUGCACAUGCCGCUGUGUGCGCACACCGUGCACACGUUUUAAAAAAGGAUUUUGUUCCUUUAAUUUACUGUCUUUUUUUUCUAUUCUGUUCUUUCUCUAGCAGGAAUGUUGGAAGUGAGAUGCUAUUUUGUUUUACACAGUACAACAAUAAAAAGAGACGGAAAGCGAA